CCCAGCCGAGGGACGGACGGACAGGCGAGCUCCUCCUCCUCCUCCGAAGACGGCCGCCGGCUCGCCUCGCCUCGCUUGCUCCACUUCUGCGGGGAAUAAUAGCAGCCAAUGUUACACCUUGGUUGGAGCAGUGCAGUUGGUCCUCGACUUACGACCACAGUUGAUCCCAAAAGUUCCUUUGCUAAGCGGGAUACUUGUUAAAAUCAAUGAAGGCUCCAUUGCAUGGAAGGACUAUAGCACAUGGAAGAAAAAGCUCAUACCAGGACGUCUUUGGUUUCCAGAUUACCCAAAUAUGGAACCAAGCCUGUUGGAAGUCCCUUACCGCCUGUCCCAAACAGGACGGCUCCUCACUUUUCAGGGAAUGCACAGAUCAUUGACAAAAAUUUCAGCAAGCACAAUGGCGCCCCUCGUCUGUCUUCCUUUGCUUUCAACUGGAGAAAGUCUAACAAAUUUCCUCUGGGAGAUCGGAUCGGUAAUGAAUAUAACUCCGGUCAAGAUCCUAGUGAACGAGUGACCGGAUCGGAAAAGUGUCCUCAGUCCGAAGGAUCCGUUGGUCAGGAACAGGUUAGGACCAGUUCAAAGACCACAUUUUCCAAAACAGUGAAACAAGACAAUAUGUUUGUAUCGCCCGCUGAAGAAUUAAAUCAGAAAUGUUUGUCGGGUCUAUCUAAUUCGAAGUACGCCAAAAGCUCUUUGUUAAACAGGAGUUCCUAUUCUGGAUUUAAUACACCGAAACAGCAGUUGAAUGGGAUUUGUGGGAGCCAGUCGAUGCUAGGCUUGCAGAGGAUUAGGGGAAACCAUUUUGUCACUCGGAGCAGCUCAAGGGAAAGCCUGGCGAGAUCCACAGACCAUGUUCCACCUGCUUCUGACAAAAUGGUCCGCUCGCAAAGCUUCUCACAUUCCCUUCAAAGCUCCCUGUUGCCUCCCACCUCUCUCACUCGAUCCCACUCGUUUAACAGGGCGGUGGAUCUGACAAGGCCUUGCCAGAAUCAGCACCUGGCUCUGAGACCGCCGCAGAGGUCGAAUCUCCUGUUAAGAAGUGCGCGCCAGUUGGAUGUGCCCAAUGGGAAUGAACCCUCGAGGUAUGAAUUUCCUAGGUCAUUGGCUUCUUCGGCGCCUCCUCAUAUCAAGAAACAGCCCCUCUUAAAUGGUUCGGGGGAUGCGUCUUCCCUGAGGUUCAGAUCAGGCCGCCCUUCGUUGCUGAAGCCUGUGAGCCACCAUUUGGGUAGAAAGAUCCCUGUGGAUGGGAGCGCCAGGAAAGAGCCCGCAAAUAGUUUAAUGGAGGAUUUGAUUCCCACGGAGGCAAAAAGAGAUGCUGAUGUCAUAGAAACCCAGAGCAACAAUUUUGUAGAGAGUAGCUGUAGAAUGUGCACGGAUGGGGAUGUGGAUGAAAUAUCAAUAUCUUCCCUGUCCUCUUCGGAGAAAAAUGACCUUAGCGAAGAUUUUAGCGAUGAUUUUAUAGAUUUGGAAGACCCCAGUCGAACCCUGCUGGCUCAAGAAGAGAAGGUUCCUGCUGAAAAGCUGGAAGAUAGAAAUGGAAUACCACCACAUCAGCUACUGUCUUUUCAGGAAAAUGAGAAGUUGAACUACAAUAAUGAGGAAUGGCUACAUAUACAUGUGUCAGAAAUAGAUGACAAGAAUGAAACUGCCAAACUUCCUCCUGGGAACAAUGAAAUUUCUUCGGAAAUGGAUUACAGAGCCGGCUCCUCUUUUGAGCUUUCCCCCUCUGACAGUUCGGAUGGGACCUACAUGUGGGAUGAAGAAGGCUUGGAGCCCAUUGGGAGCGUCCAUCUGUGUGGCAGUUACGAUUCUUCAGAAAUGAACAGUAUCGAUAUCUUGAACAACCUUGAGUCCUGUGAUCUUGAAGAUGAUGAUCUUAUGCUUGAUGUCGACUUGCCUGAGGACACACCCUGCGAUAAUGAGGAAUAUGACAAUAUGAACCGUUAUGACCGACCAGACAGAAAUAUUCGACAGCAGAAAGCAGAGGGACUCUGGAAGAGAACCCCCCAGAGGUGGAAUACUCAGGAUCAUUAUCAUCUUAGUCCCACAGAGCACUAUUCCCACAUCCGAAAUGAUCUCAACAGGAGUUGCAACUAUGUCGAUUCUCCCCCUGUCAAUCAUCUCGAAGGCUAUGGGGCAUCAGGAUUGUACCCACCACUGAGGAGUUUCCCAGCAAAUACUGUGGUAUUGGAUGAAAUGACCCUUCGGCAUAUGGUUCAAGACUGCACAGCGGUGAAAACCCAACUCUUAAAAAUGAAAAGAAUCCUCCAUCAGAACGAUGAAAACAUGUCACUACACAACAUCACACCCCCAGUGCCAUCAAGUCCAGAAGAGCUGGAUCCUGAACCAACGUAUAAGAUUGACGAAUUACUGAGCGAGAUCACACGGCUGAAUGACGAUUUAAAAAAGAAAGACGAGACCAUCCAGGAGCUUGAACGUCGACUUGCUGUUAGGUGUGGCUGCCACAAAGCCAGCAAGGUGCCUGAAGCGACCACGUGCGGCUUUGCUGACAAAUUCACCCAAACCUCCUGGAGAAGAAAUGCGCCUCAAGUACUACAGCCUUCCAGCCACCUUCCCCGUUCCGCAGACCUCAGCCAGGGAAAACUAGCAAAAGCAUCACUCACCGUGGCUCGCAGUGAACCCCCUCCUCAGGACCAACCGGAACAUGUUGGCCACGAAGAUGGCAACGCUGCCCUCGGCUCCGGCACUGACAGCGGGCGUGAACCAAGCACUUUAAACACACAGCGGAACGAUGACAACUCCCUGGCGAACGCACAUUCCACCAGGAACGCAACGGUCAGAGAAAAAGCAAAAGACGUCGCUGGCCGGAAGUUGAAUGCCUCGCAGCCCCUUGCCCCCUCGGCCCAGUUGAAUGCGCAGGACGGGCAGGCCAGGCCAGCUCUGAAAAGCCACAGCUCCAGGCCAAACCAGGCUUCGCCACCAAAGAUGUCAAGAGCUCUCCGAGCCCCAAAGCAGACCGUGCCAGUGCCUCCUCCAGCAACCUCUUCGAGGGACUCCUUUGUGCCUCCACUGAGCAGCCAGGCACAAUCCCAGUCAGCGUCCAACCUCUCCCUUCCGAGCAGCAGGAACCAGAGGGCCUCCAAACUUCGCCCUCCGGCCAUUUCCUCCCGCCCCAAGCAGAGGACAACCCCCCAAACCGUCUCAGCUCCUGAGCAGCCGAGAUUUCAGGCUGGCCCCACAAAGCCCCUGGCGCCAACGAAAGAGGCCCCACAGAACCGAGAUCCAGCCCUUCGCCCUGGGGAGGGCCUGACUUUGCAUCGUCUCUCCCGACUCCCAAAGCCAAAGACGUAAUCCAAGCGGGACUCUCCCGUGUCAUUUCCUUGGUCCUGUCCCAUGACGCUGCUUGCCUGCUCUUUUCCUGGCCAGGCGGCCUCAGCAAGAGCCUGGAGGCCCCAGAAGCUGCACAUCACCUGAUGCUUCUACUCUCAGUUUUACCCUCUUUAAAAAAAAAAUGCAUUGCUUCUUCCAGCCUUGAUCUGCAGGAGCCUCUGUGACGUCUUCUGAUGGCACCGAUGGUCGUCUUGGUCCGGGAAAGUUGCUGACGGAAAUUGUAUCCUUUGUGUGUCUCCCCGAAGAAUGGAUGACGGAGGCGACCUUCUGGUUCUGGGAAUUAAUUAUAAGCGAUGGACAAAUGAUACUGUCGAUCUUUCUUUUGUUAUUGCUGUUUUCUUCUUUCCACGUUCCUCUUCAGCCAUAAGUCUGUCUCUGUAGCUCAAGAGGCCUAUGCAAAUUGUCUCUAUUUAUAACCCCCAAACUUUGUAAAAGAUGUAUAUUUAAUAUUUAAUGGAGGUUGUUAUGUUUUCGCAAGGAAGAUCCCAAAUUGUUCUCUGUGUUUUUGGGGUCCCUAUUCAUGGUUCACAAGUGGCCACAAAAUUUCACAGGGUGAAAUGGAUAUAUUUAUAUUUAAAGUCUUACCCGUUCCUUGUAGAUAAGCUGUAGAAUAUAUAAGUGUUAAUCCAUUAUCAUGGCGUAACGGAAAGACAGUAUUUAAUAUAUAUCCCAGAUUUUGGUUUAUACCAACGGUUGUCAGAUGGCACGUGAUGUGACUCUGGAAAUAACGAGUCCAUGACCGCCAGCUUGUAAAUUUUCAUUUCAAGGCUUGCUUAACGGUAACAUUAUUUAUUGAGUUCUGUUACAACUCAAAAUCUCAAGAAGCCAAUUUGGAAUGUUUGCACAAAAUUUUCGCCAUAUAUGUAGGGAUUCAAAAAUUAUUUUUCAUAAUAAAGCUUAUGUUUUUUUAAACCCUAUUUUUUUAAAAUGCCAAAUGCAUGUAUGUACACGUACACACUUGGGGAAAUCUUGGGAAGUCCUAAAAGAACAAAACAUUUUAAUCUUGGGAGAAAAGGGAUAGAAAGUCACUGGAGACAGAGAAAUUCUGUCAGAUAAGGCCAUCAGUGGAGGGAAGGGUUAACCAGACCCACAGAAAGAAAAGGGGGUUCAAUUGUCUUGAAAUCUUAUUCCAGUAUCAAUCUGAGAACACUUGUUGGAAAUGGCAUUUUUAAAAAAAAAAAAACACUUAAAAGUGUUAAAUAAAAUUUGAAAAAUACACCAUAGCAUUGAUUUUGAGCUCUGCUGAAUAUUACUUAUAGAAUGUUUCUUAUAGAAAAAUGCAUCCUUUUAAAAAUAAUAAUAAUAAUCAAAGUAAUCUUCCCAAAUCUGGCACCCUCCAAAUAUGUCAGGCUAAAUCACCAUUGUCCUCAAAUACCCUAGCUUGUGCGUAUGCUAACUGGGGACUGUGGUCUAUUUGGAGGGCGUCAGAUAGGCUAAAUUAAGCCAGGGAAAAGUAGCUUUGGUUUUCUUAAGAAGGAUAAGUAAGAAAUAUAUGCAGCCACCUUAAGUUCAUCAUCAAAAGACGGACCAAGAGUUGUUAGCUGUGUUUGUGUCGCUUGUAAACCUUGAAGGUGUGCAGUGAAAUGGUCUUGAUGUAGCUGACCGGAAAAUGCUUUCUUGAGUGGCCGACAUGCUUUAAGCUUCAGUUGCCUUUUUUGUGAUCAGGGAUAACGGUUGAAGGAGGACUGUGUUUAAAACGGGCAGGGGUUUUCUAUCGUAAUGUCAGCCCCACGAACCUCGACGUGACUCACACCUUGUUUAAUCCAGGAUGACAAGCACAUCAGCCCAGGUAGUUGGGCUGAACCCCUGGCUAGUCAGUCUGGCCCCGCGUUGGAGCAGACGGAGCCUGCCAGGUGAGCAGUUGCCCAAGCAAGCUGACUGAUCCAAUGUGACCCAUUGGGGCCUGCCUACUUUUGGCACUAUAAAUAUGACGGGGUCUUACCAUGUUUUCCCGAAAAUAUGACAUGUCCUGAAAAUAAG